GCUAAAAAUUUCAUGAAUUAAAAUUUUGCUCGAUCUAUAUAAGCAGGCCUUUUCAAUGCUCCAAAAUAAUUCACACAGAUGAAGAACUGAGAAAUUAGCUCAUUAUCCACCCGCAUGCCUCCCCACCAUUUCCUUCUUCCCUAAGUUUCUCCCAAUAAAAAUCAAUUGCACCAUCCGAUCGAACAAUCCUGCAAUUAGGGGAAAAAGUCAGACCUCAAUCAAUUCAAUCGACCGUGGCUUCCCAAAACCCCCAAUUCUCUGUAUCCAGGAGUCGUCCAGACCAAUCCUGAUUCGAAUUCGUCAUUUCUGUCAAACCCUAGAAAAAGCCCCUCCCAAUCUUCGUCGCUCUAUCCGACGAUCGAAAUGAAUGAAUUGGCGGAGAAUCUGUUCCCAGACGCCGAAGAAGAAACGGAGGCGACGAAAGGCAGUGGAGGAAAUGGCCAGAAGUGAGUCGUCGGAGGAAGUGAUUGUGAGAGAUUCUCCGGCUGGAUAUAAAUUAAUUGAAGCAGGGGAUACCAUCGUAGCGGCUCUGGUUCGGAUCGGGGAUGAAAUCCAGUGGCCAAUGGCGAAGGACGAGGCCGCCGUGAAGCUCGACGUUUCGCACUACUUCUUCACUCGUAGGGUUCCGGCGAAAUUAACAGACGGAUUGACGGUCGCCGCGAAGGGGCAGGAAGGAUUGGUGGAGAAAUUGGAUUCUGCGCUGGAGAAAUUCAGUGCGUUUAGGGUUGAGAAGGCGUCGGCGGCGGCUGUGGGGGCGGAGUGGGGAGAAGUAUCUCCGGCGGAGAUGGAUGCGAACAAGGAGGUGGUGGAGAAAGGCGCGGCGGCGUACUGGACGACCGAGGGACUGUCGGCCGCUGAAGUAUAGUAGUAGUAAAUUAUAAAA